AUGCGCUUGAACACUGUUCAUGUUGUGCUUGGCCUUCUUGCCAAUGCCGCCGUGUAUGGGGCACCUCUCGAUAUGAAUAUGGGCAACAGCCUGAAUGUCACCAAUCUUGAUGCUGCAGCUGAAAUGCACAACGAGACCAUGCGCUCCGUGUCGCAUACCCAGAUGCGAAGAUCUCUUCAACAUGUCCCCAUUGCAUUUGGCAGCAUUUAUGCAGCACCACUUGGUACUUGGCCAUCAACGCCAAAGCGUGUCGAGACAGUAAUAACGGAACUGUUGAAAGAAUGGUUACACAAGCACGGACAACCCACAGCAAUCAAGCUUGUCUUCCAGAAUGUGCUGGCGAGUAAUUUCGAGAUGCCGUAUUCAUUCGUCAUAGGAAAGGAAGUGUGGCCAGAGAAAUGCUCAGUGGCACCGAUGUGCGAAGGUCGUUUGUUACUGGACAAUACAUGGCUGAUUGAGAAAGCGGGGGAAGAGCUACAUACAUCGGCCACACGUACUCUUGUUCCUCCUUAUUACGACCACGGUGAUAACGGUGGCGCUGAAGGACGUUUGCAUAUAUAA